UAAUACAUUCCCAGACAUUCCGCUAAGUACGCUACGUUUACUUGAUGAAUCAUCGAUGACUGGAGUAAACUAUAAAGUUGGAACGAAGUCUGAUUUCUAUGCCGGUCCCGUAUAUGUAAUUGUUGGUUUUCAAGAAUUCGAUGGACAAAAUCCAGCUGAAGAAGAUCUUUUCGAGGGAAAUGAUUGA